GCGUACAGUGAUUUCUACAGCCCAGUCAAGCUAGUUUGAGCGGCCUGAGCUCCAUAGAAAUUUGACAGCUUCACAGGUGAGACGACCGUCCAGAGGCUGUUUCACUUUACGUUUCUGGAUUUAUUUUCUCCUCGGGACUCUCCUUGCUGUGAGCCUGGGGUUGUCACAUUCAAAAAGCGACCCUUCUCCGAAGUCUUUUUCCUCCGGCAGCAUGAGCAAGAAGAAAAAGGACUGGAAGACUGAAAAAGAACGAUUACUUGGACUCAGUCUGGAGGAGAGACGCAAAGAAUACCAACGUGAUUAUAAAACUGUGGAAGAUAUCCCAACCUGGAGGGAAGAAAAUACCCCCUUUGACAAAGAAGAUGAAAAAAAGGAGGCGACAGAUGGAGGAGGCCUGGCUGAUAAAGUCUCUCUCUACAAGGGUGACAUCACUGUCCUGGAGGUGGACGCCAUCGUCAACGCCGCAAACACCAGUCUUCUGGGAGGAGGAGGAGUUGACGGCUGCAUACACAAAGCGGCAGGUUCCUGUCUGUACGACGAGUGYCACUCACUAAAUGGCUGCGAAACCGGGCAAGCCAAGAUCACCUGCGGCUACGAUCUGCCUGCAAAAUAUGUGAUCCACACCGUGGGCCCGGUGGCCAGAGGUUAUGUGGGUCCUACAGUGAAGAACGAUCUUACCUCCUGCUACCAAAACUCACUUAAUCUGGUGAAGGAGCACGAACUGAAAUCUGUGGCCUUCCCAUGCAUUUCCACAGGCAUUUAUGGCUAUCCUAAUGAGCCUGCAGCAGAUGUUGCUCUGAACACCGUAAAGAAGUGGAUUGAAGAAAACCCAGAUAAGAUCACACGGGUCAUUUUCUGCGUCUUCCUCGAKACCGAUUUUGCCAUCUAUAAGAAAAAAAUGGCUGUCAUCUUUCAAGACAAUGACAUGGAGGUGACAGAGGAGCAGCCGAUGGAAGAUAACACUCCGUCAACAAAAACCACAACCAAGGACGAAAGUGAGGACAGCAAAAAAGGUGACGAGAAAACUGGUGAUGAAGAGGAGGGCGACAAUGAUGCAGCACUAAAUGAAUGUGCAGAGAUGGAGAGUCAGAAGCCAGAUGAAAAUGAUCCUAAUGACGAGCAAACUCAAGAAAUGAGUGAUGUUGAACAAGCUAAAGAGGAAGAUGUGGGCAAGGUCAACAGCGGGGAUAGCUCUGAAGAUAAAGCAGAGAGUGAGGAACCUGCUGCUGAACCAGAAAAUGACGACACACCAAACACCGAGGUGGAGAUGAAAGAACCUGAGAACAACGCUGACACCAGCAACAGAAAGGAGUUAGAAAACCCGGAGAGCUCAGUAGAAAAAGCCACUGAUUUGAAUGAAACUGAAAGCAUUCAGCCCAAAGAUGCAGCUGAAAACAAAGAAUGACCAGCUGAGAGGGGGAACAAUCGACCUCAUCUGACAGCCAGAAAACUGUGCAAGGCCAACYACCCUGGUGUCAGAGCGUCAGAAUGGGCUCUGACACUGGCCCAGGACAACCAGUUCCCACACAAGAUGCUCACAACCCCAACUUUACUUUGCUUCCCCACACUUUGCUAAAAAAAUUAAAUUACAUUCUUCCCUCAAGUAUGUAUGUACUGUAUGUAUAUGUCUGUACAAAACCUUACUAUAGGACUUGAACAUAUCAACCAGAAAAGAUGAGCCAUACCUCACUGUGUGUUAAGAGUCAUACAUCAUUUUGCCAGCAGGGUGCAAUGAGAUAAACCAGGUUAGAGUCUGUUUUAUUUGAUGAACCCCACUGUGAGAGCAGGGUCAAACUGUCAGAGGACAGCAGCCACGGCUCCUACGUGUUGCCACUCCUGGCUGGAUGAUGUUUAACAUCAAUCUUCCUUCAGUUCUUGCAACUCGGACGCAACUUUUACAGUCAUCGUGGCAUUAAACUACUGAAUCUGUGAGGCUUUUCAGAGUGCACCGCACUAACACCUGCCCUGUCUGCUCACACACCGGUGCACCUCCAAGUCCAGUCAGCCAAUAGCUGUAAGGCAAUGUGCCACUCAGAGGCAUUUCAUCUGUUAACGUCCCAGAUCACGCACACAAACGAGGAUGUGUCUCUAGACAAAUCGAUUAGUUCCCUUUUUUUUGUAUCCCCUCUCGGCUUCUGUUCUUUGCCAUUUCCUGUGCAUGCCAGAAAAAUCCUUCGACUUUUCAACCAACAUAAACAAAAAGUACAGUCUUCUUCGCUCUUGCUUGUCUCCUUUCCAGAUUGUCUCUAAUUGUAUGGAAGGAAUCUGCCUUAUUUCAUAUCAAAUGACAAAUUACUACCACAAACAUUAGGAGGUAGUCCAAGUCUCAGUUCUUGGUUGUGUAUUGCUUGCAGAUGAUUUGUAUUUUUUCUUGACAUGUAAUGGCUAUAACCUGUUGGUAAUCAUUUCUUUUUCUCAAUUGAUUUUUAAAAAAGGGUUUUGUUUUCUUUUAAUUGUUAUGAUUUACAAUUUUUUAGUGAUGCCAUACUAAAGACCCGAUGAAUUACAGUUCUAUAAAAUGAUGCCUUCAUACUUUGAUGUUUGCUUUGCUAAACUAUAACAGAAACAACUAAUAAAGUUUAAAAAGGAAACCAUG